CAGCACUGCAUAACUUUCGUAUCGCUUUGCGUACAGGAAAAGGAAUAUUACCGUGCACAACGGUAUAUAUAUACUUUUCCGCAAUAGGCUGACGUAUAUUUCACGAGACAUUUUAGCCUGUGGUUGUGAACACACAUAUCUUCCAAUGUUGGGACAUUCAAUGAAAAGUCGAUAGGAUUUACUGCUAUCUACGUUAGUCAACACCGCUACCUGUAUCAUCGUGUCUCUAUUUGUGUUUUUGUGUUUGUGUUGUGUUUGCGUGGGCGGCAGUUGGGAGGUCAUCGGCACGUUCCCCGGCUCCCAGAAACUAUCCACCCCUUGGUACUCAACGCGCCUUCACUCUUCCAAACGCCGCUAGGCACUAUCAUUCGUUGUGAGCUCCCUUCGGCACAUCCCGAAGCCAGGGUACGGUCUGGCACCGCGAAGUCACACCUUCUCCUCGACCGGCGGUUCUGUAUCUGCUCUCCCUGGUGAUUAUUCGUUCAGUGGGAUGGGAGACAAGACGCACAGCACUGAUUUCUCAUCUGGCAAAUCAGAUAUAUCGACAGGCAGCAUCACGGAUGUGGAUCGACGGGCAUUGGUAUGUACCACAGCCCCAUACUACUCCCGGCGAAUUAGCAUGAAUGAUGGUGGUAUGCUGCCAUCAUCCACCACGUAUACAGGUGGCCUAGGUUCGGUAGUCGGAAAUCAUGGGGGCCAUCACGUAAGGAGAUCACUGCCAGACAUGGGAACAGCGCCGUCCGAACCACCGAAACUCUACCCUUACCAUUUACUUGUCAUUACCAACUACAGGCUGCCCGCUGACGUGGAUCGUUGCAAUCUCGAACGACACCUCUCCGAUGCGGAAUUCGAGGCAGUUCUUCAGUAUAGUCGCGCCGAGUUCUACAGACUACCACAGUGGCGUCGCAACGAAAUCAAAAGACGUGCCCGACUGUUCUAACCGGUGGCAAUUACGCUACGUGUUCUAUUUAUUACCUUCAUCAUGUCACGACUGUAUUACCGUGCUAUAGAGUGUACAUUCCUCCGGCGUAUAAGAAAAAGAAAAAAGGGAACCAACGAUUCAUACUGGUUUUCUGUCACGAACAUCGAUAUCGAACGAGGCAUUAUCGUCAUCGUUGCGAGUGGAAAAAUCGAUCAAGCGAGAGAGUAUCUUGAUCGCACGCUCAUACACUCACGAAGACACGUAUAAAUGCAUACACACACGUUUGUCAUUCACAUAAUGACGCAAAUACAUAAACUCAAAGGAGCACAGUAUCGUUCAAUGUCAAUUUCGUUCUCUCAGCAACGAAUCCACAGGCAGCUUGACUCUGAUCGUUGACAAAUUAUUUCAUCGUCACCUGUGACUUCGGUGCUUCUUUCGGGAGAAUUUUUGCUGUUUAAAACGAAGAGAAAGGGAGAAGUAUGUUCAUCUGUUUCUGUGAUUGACAGAAAAGACCUGCCAUAUAAAUCGAAAGGCGAAACAGAAAAUGGGGGAAAAAAAAAACGUUGCAACCUUCGAACGCUUGAGCCGACAUUGUUAACGAGAGAAGAGGAUAUAUUGUAUGUAAAUCGAUUAUCUAUUGGCGACGACCGUUUUCUCAGAUAGAAAGACGACUUGAAAGGGAAAAGGAGAGAAGAGAAAGCUGUUACUAUCCUGUAUCUAAUAUGCACACUUUCAUGGCCAUGAAUUUCCAUGGUUUGAAAAGUGAAAACGGUAGAUGGGUAAUAAUUUUAGAGAAGUAGCUGAACGUAAGGGUGGCGAGCAUCGUCUGAGGUUUUAUCAUUUAACAAGAACAUCGUCUUUGUAACUUAGAGUUGUAACCCGCGAAUGUCGACGUAUAUGUAAUUACGCGACGGGGAUAUGUGCAAGAUUCAAAGCGAAUAAAAGAAUAGAGAAAUGGUAACACUCAUUGAUACGUACAAGUUGUUGUAAAUAAACGAAUCGAAAGGGAGGGAAAGAAGCAACGCAAGUACGAAAAUAUAUACAUAUACGUAUAUGUAUGUACAUAUAUAUCAUUUUGAGAAUUCGCUUGAAUCACAAAACACAUCUACUAUUUGCAAGGGGUUAUAACAAACGCGCUGCUAUCAUAGGAGCUAUCAUUAUUAUUAUUAAUUUUUAACUAUUAUUAUUAUUAUUAUUAUUAUUAUUAUUAUUAUUAUAUUUUACUAUAAGAACAACAUGAAAAAUUUAAAGUAUAGGUAGAUAGGAAGUCCAGCUUGCCGGAUGACAUAAUUAUCAACGUAUUUAAAUACUAUCGUCUAUUUUGCAUGUUGUUUCACUAUUUUAACGCAGACGACGCAUCUGUUGAUAAACUAAUCUAUAUAUAGGUAUAAGAGUUUCCUCAACUCGAUUUCUCUAGCGAUACAAGCAAAAACGUUCUGCGGUGCGGGCGGUCAGAGAUAUAUAAAGAACGAAUAUAUAUCGCGAAAUAUAUCCAUAUGUAUUUUGGAUAAACGAAAGUUAUCGAGUAAUGGAAAGAUGAAAAAAGAAAAAAAAAAGAAAUAACAUUUACUACAGCCAGUUGUUCUAUUCUGGUGCAAGUAUGUUAGACGGCAAGCUGAGGACGCGAAAGAAGGAGUGUGCGUACGUUGAAAUAAAUACAACUGUUGAAUUUCUCGGAAUGGUUUGUCAAAAUGUCGCAACGUUACGUUCAAAAAAGCUUGAUGAAGAAAGAAGAAAAAGAAAGAACGGGGUACGUUUUCGAUCUGGCAGGGGAAAAGUUACACGCGGGAAUGUACGUACAUACUUUGAACGAGAUGAAAAUUGCAUUUUAUUCUACACUUCGUCUCUUACCCUAAGUCAUACGUGCCUAUAUAUAAAUGUCGGCGGACAUUUCUGAACACGAGAAGCCGUGAGAGAGCGCAUUCAACAAAGUACACGUUGUGUACGUUAGUGCAAUUCCCUGCAGUUUUCUCUUGUGGCUUCGUUUACGAGGACGUGCUCCAUGAUCUUAUGCAAUGUGACUCAAUGUGAGCUCGCGAAACGAAGAGGAAGAAAUCAUAAAAAUUAAGAAAGAAAAUCAGUGCCGCGUAAAGGAGUAUGCUAUAUAUUUGUGUGUAUACUUCGUGCAGGAGGAAUCAAAAGGGACAGAAAUAAAAUCUGCGUAAUAUCGUUUCUCGUUUCCUAGUGGUUCGCUUUUGUACACACAGUACCAAUAAAUUGCAAUACUUAUCUUUCA